CUGUAUCGAACUUCAUAUGGGAGGGCAAGAAUUAAGGCUGCUAUCAUGACAAAACCGAAAUCAUUGGGAGGCUUGGGAGUACCCCAUCUAUACAGAUAUUACCUUGCAAGUAGGUUGGAGGCGAUGGUACACACUCAUGCACCAACUGAGGAACCCUGGCAGUCCAUCGAAAAUCACUAUUCGGCCCCACUACAACUUGCCCAUUUAUUUUGGAUCCCUAAAGCAGCUAGGGUCUCCCUUCCACACCUCCUUCCCCCGUCACAGCAAGCUUUAGAUCUUUGGGACUCUAUAGCGCUCAAGAUGAAAUUAAGCAACACUGCCACAAAAUACAGGACUAUUUUUAACAAUAAAGACUUCCCCCCAGGUAGCACUCCCAUGGAGUUUCGAAUAUGGAUAUCUGCGAAUCUGACAACCUUAUUGGAUUUUGUCUCUGAAGGGACUGUUAAAUCUUUUCAACAACUUAGGGAAGAAUAUAGCAUUCCCCAUGCACAAUUCUAUCGCUAUUUACAGAUUCGGCACUACGUGAACACUGCUUGCGAAGCCCAAACGUCUUCCACUCUUACAUACUUUGAAAAGCUGUGUCGCAACCACUCAUACCCAACACACCUUAUCUCACUUCUGUAUGUUAGCCUCUCGACUGACAACACAGUUACACGUCAGCCUUACAUGCAGAAGUGGGAAGAGGAUUUAGACCUUGCCAUUUCUGAUAAGUCCUGUCGGAAAUCUGGGACACGGCCAGGCGAACCUCAAUAUGUGCAGCCUCUAGUGAGAGAGCUUAUAAAAUAAUUUUUCGGUGGUAUUACACCCCUACACGCAUUGCUACUCUAAGCGGUAACCCUGAUCACUCGCAAUGCUUUAGAGGCUGUGGUGGGAGGGGUUCCUUCCUGCACACCUGGUGGACCUGUACAGUAGCUCAGAUAUUUUGGAAGAUGGUGGCAACUUUGCUCUCUGAAGUUCUGCGUUGCGUUAUACAGCCCUCCCCACACACUUUUCUCUUGGGAAUGAGGAUUAGGGCCAUACGCUUGAAACAAACACGUAUUUUAGCCACUCAUAUCCUGACAGCAGCAAGAUCAUUAUUGGCAGCAAAUUGGAAGAGGCCUACACUUCCGAGCUUACAAAUUUUGAUAUCAAAGGUGAAUUGGAUUAGGGCGAUGGAAUCCAUACGAAACAGUCUUCAGGAUAGAAGUUAUGAGGGGGAACUGGAGUGGUACCCGUGGGCUCAGUAUCUGGAGACUUUGCAACUUCGAGUGCCAGAUCAAAUAAUAAGCCAGCCGUCGUCUAUCAACCAGAAUAUCGGUAUUUCCACAGCAACCAGCAUUUAAAAUAAUAAUGCCAAGCGGCCCUCGGCAAUCAGUCGGCAGCAGCAGCAACCAGUGCCUCAUUACCCUCCUUGUCAAAUAUCACAACAGUUCUGACACCAGGAACAGAAGCAUCUUGUGAAGUGUGGUCAGCAGUUACCUGACAUUGCAGCCAACCUGGGGUUAGCCACUAAAGUAUUAAACCGGUCCGGAAGCAGCACUGAGGUUGACCAGGAGCGAACUGUGACAGAAGACUUGCAGGGAAAUUGCAUUGAACAUCCAGGCAUGCCCCCCAUUCGGGAUCUGGUCAGCCAUUCCCCUAACCAGCUAGAGCUCAAUCACAGUAGCCUAGGCUCUCACUAUGAAAAUUCCCACUGGGGACCGGUCUCUUCCAAUGGUGAUUCUAGCACUACCUGGGAAAAAGUAAUUGUAGACGGCACAGAAAAAGAAGUGUGGCCAUCGAUCACAGGAACUAGCUCAGAGUUGACUUCAGAAUGUAUGGAUAUUAACUCUUCCCCAAGCUGUGGGGCAGAGAAGAGCCACCUAGUGCCGUUUGGGGAUACCACAGAAGAAAUGGAUACUAUGAGAAAUGGCAUUGGACAUAGUUCUCAGAGCAAACUUUUGGUUGGCAACAACAGCAAUAAUGCAGGCAAUGGAAGUAUUAAUGGGCCGUGGGCAGUGACCCAUGGAACUGUAAUAAGCACAUGUCAAGAUGGCCCCGAUAGCAAAACAGAUAGUAGGCACAACAAGAUUAAUGCUUGGGGCACCAUGAAUACUUCAGCGAACGGAGUUCUAAAUCCAAGCACUUUGAAUAUGAAUGGCAACCAUGGUGCCUGGCCCAUUUUGGAUAGCAAUGGACAUGCCCUUAAAGGGUCAAAUAAUUCUGGCACAAAUGUUCCAAGCAGUACUUUAGGUCAGGUGUCUAACAAUCGGAGUAUUAACCCUAAAAUGGGCAGCUCAGCCCCUGGCUCCUGGGGGAAUCUUCAGGAGAAUGGAGAUUCUGAACUCAAUGGUACACGGAAGGCUUUUAGUGGGCGACCUCAAAACCUUAACACUGAAAUGACUGGACCAAAUAACACUACUAACUUUAUGACCUCUAGUUUACCAAACUCUGCUGGCUUAAUGCAGGCAAAUGAACUCCCUAAUUCUACAGGGCAUGGGGCUUGGAGUGUGAGCAAUAUGAAUCAUUCUCCACUUCACACCCCUUCAGUUACAAAUGGCACUUCCAUUCCUCACCUAAGUAAUGGUGAGGAAAAACACAGCGGAUCAUACGGUACUACAUGGGGUACCUCCGGCUCCUCUUAUUCUGGCGAUAAGAUUUCAGUCCCUAAAGGGCAAGCUAAUGGUGACACUGUGAAUGCGACUAUAAUGCAGCCAGGCCUCAAUGGACCCAAAGGCCCAAACUAUAAAAUAAAUGGGAAUAACGGAGGAUUGUGGGAGUCAGGUACUGUAAACUCCCAGAAUAUGCAUUGGGGAAGCGGAAAUGCAGGAUCUUCUGCUGGUAGUCAACGAGGAUGGGGAAACGCAGCACAAAACACUGGCACUAAUCUUUCAAAUGGCAAUUGGAACAAACUGCCUAACAAUCAGCAUUCCAAUGAGGGGGAAAACACGGAAAAUGGUAGGAAAACAUCAAAUACCUGGACGUCUGCUGAGGAAGAGAAUGCAGGACAAAUUUCAGCAGGAUCCAAAGGCAUUGAGGCAAAUAAUGUAUGGGCCAAAACUACAGGUACGGGGGAAAGUGAAGGUAGUGUAGACAGCACUGGAAGUCAAAGUGAACAUGGGAGCGGACACAGGCUUCUGGAAAGAAGGACAACAGACCAGCAAACAUUACUCCAAAGUAUUGUAAAUAGAGACGACCUAGAUUCACGGGUCUUGUGCAACACUGGCUGGGGACAGACUCCAGUUAAACAGAACACUGCCUGGGCAACUGAAGCUGCUUCGUCUCUGAACAAACGAAAAACUGACAAUGGAACAGAAGCUUGGGGAUGCUCUGUAUCAAAGACUUCUAACUCAGGGGGAUGGGUGGAUAAGCCCAACCCUAACAGCAAUGAUACCUCAUCAGUAUCUGGGUGGGGAGAUCCAAAGUCUGCUACAGGGUGGGGUGAUGCCAAAGGCGCAGUAAGCCAAGGGGAAUGGAAAGAUCAAUCUGCUGCUACUACUGGAAUGGUCAAGAGCAAUCAAUCAUGGGGAAAUAGUAAAGAGGACAAAUCCAAUUGGAAUGAUGCACAAAAGGUCAAACAGGGGUGGGGGUCCCGCAGUGGUGAGAGCUGGGGAGAUAAUUCAAAGAGUAAUCACUGGGGAGCAACAAAGUCAAGUUCUAGCAGCGACAGUGAGAGAUCUGGUUGGGGUGAACCUAGUCGAUCAAACUCCUGGGGAAGUGGAAAUCAAAAUAAUGCAUCCAGCUGGGCUGAACCCUCCAAGUCGAGCUCAACUCAAGGGUGGGGAGAGCCAACAAAACCCAACCAGGGAAAUGGUGACAUUUCCAAAUGUGACCCAAAUCACAUGGAGAGUGAACAUCUGCAAGCAGGUUCUUCCGAAUGGAAAAAGAAGCAGGAAAGUGGGUCAUGGGGGGCACAGACAUCCACCACAAAGUCUUCUGGGUGGUCAGGUGGAUCACGGUCAACUCCAGCAAAGGAAGACGAGUCAACUGGCUGGCAAGAGCCAUCUCCAGAGUCCGUACGGCGUAAAAUGGAAAUUGAUGAUGGAACUGCAGCCUGGGGUGAUCCCAACCAAUACAAAUACAAGAAUGUGAACAUGUGGGAUAAAAAUACAUCCAACAGCAGCAUGAGUGUUGAAGAACCCCCAGGCCAGCUUUAUGCACUGCCCCCUACUUCAAGUGCUGUGCCAAAUAAGGAAAGCAGCAGCAGCAGCAACAGCUCUGGCUGGGGCGAAUCAUGGUCAGAGGCUACAGCUCCUGUUGUGGAUAAUGGUACUUCAGCAUGGGGUAAACCUGUGGAGCCUGCCAGCAGUUGGGGUCAUCACAGCUCUGAAGGUGUGACAUCGGGUUGGAACCACACUCCCAUUGGCCAACAAGCUCCUGGAAAACCUGGCCCCAAAUCUAUGCAAGAUAGUCGCUGGUGUGGAGAUGAUACAUCCGGGUCCGGGAGCAGACAUAGUAGUUGGGUGGAGGAAGAGGAGGAUGUGGAAAUAGGAAUGUGGACCAGUGGUUCAUCACAGGAGACCAACCAAUCGGGUAACUGGCCACCUUAUAUGAAGAAAAUGCCUGCAAAGGGACCCAUAAAGAAUGGAAAUAAACAAGAGGAGAACUGGAUGAAUCCAUUUGUAAAACAAUUCAACAAUAUGGGAUUUUCAAGAGAGUCACCAGAGGACUCCUUGCAGAGCAAUAAGAUGGAGCUGUCUGGAGGGAUUAUGCCAGACAAAAGGAUGGAAAUGGACAAAUCCGGCCUUGGCAUAGGGGAAUAUAGUCGUGUGAUUGGGAAAGUUCCAGGUCCUCGGCAUCUUCCGAAAGAGUCUUCCAUGGAUUACAAUGCUUACUUUGAUAAGGAUGGCAUUGUAGCAGAAGAGCCGCAAAACAUGCAGUUUAUUUCCAAUCAGAACGCAAAGCUUCCCCCUUUGAACAGUGCACUAGCUACUCAGUCUCUCAGCUCUUUCCCAGGGCUGGGAAUGCCAAACGUCAAUUCUGUCAGACAGAAUGGCAAUCCCAGUAUAUAUGGUGUUGGCAAUGCAGCACAAGCCAGGGGCCCGCAGCAGCCUCCAGCACAGUCUCUUAACUCAUCUCAGCCUAACAUUCGUGCGCAAGUGCCUCCUCCCAUUAUAUCCCCUCAGGUUCCUCCUUCUUUACUGAAGUAUCCCCCAGCCAAUGGUGGUCUGAACCCCCUUUUCGGCCCCCAGCACGUAGCCAUGUUGAACCAGCUUUCCCAAUUAAACCAGCUUUCCCAGCUGCAAAGGUUAUUGAAUCAGCAGCAGAAGAUGCAGAAUCAGAGGGGGGUGCCUUCAGGAGGUCGACAACAACAUGAGCAGGCCCGGUCUCUCGGUAUGCAGCAACAGGCACGUCAGCUUGAUCCCAACCUGCUGAUGAAGCAAGCCAUUCCUCAAUCACAGCAGCAAAUGCUUCACCAGCCUCCCAUGAAAUCAUUUCUAGAGAAUGUGCUGCCCCACUCUGCCCAAGAAUUGCCAAAAGUACCUUCACCAAUCAGUGCUUUUGGUGGCUUCCCUUCAGGCUUGAACUCAAGCUCGAAUGUAAAUAUGGAUCUCGGUAUUAUAAAGGAGCCACAGUCACGACUGAGAAAGUGGACAACAGUUGACAGCAUGUCUUCUAAUACUUCUCUGGAUCAAAAUUCCAGUAACCAUGGUGCUAUUUCAAGUGGUUUCAGGCUUGAAGAUUCUCCUUUUGGUUCUUAUGACUUCAUGAACAGCAGUAACUCUCCAUCCAGCCCUCCAGGAUCUGUUGGGGAUGGCUGGCCUAGUGCCAAAUCGCCAAAUGGCUCCAGCAGUGUCAACUGGCCCCCUGAAUUCCGCCCGGGUGAGCCAUGGAAAGGAUAUCCAAACAUUGACCCAGAAACUGACCCUUAUGUCACUCCUGGCAGUGUCAUCAACAAUUUGUCAAUUAAUACUGUGCGGGGUGUUGACCACCUCAGGGACAGAAACAGUGGGUCAUCCUCAUCUUUGAACACCACGCUGCCUUCAAAUAGUGCCUGGUCCUCCAUUCGUGCCUCCAACUACAGUGUCUCCCACAGCAGUACAGCACAAAGCACUUCAGUAAGAAACAGUGAUCCCAAACCUACUUGGUCUCCUGGUUCCGUCGCUAACACUUCUCUGGCUCAUGAACUGUGGAAAGUCCCUUUGCCAUCUAAAAACAUCAGUGCUCCGUCCAGGCCUCCCCCAGGGCUGACCGGUCAGAAGCCUCCUUUAUCCACCUGGGAUACCAACUCCCUGCGUCUUGGUGGGUGGGGCAAUUCUGACUCAAGAUACACUCCAGGUUCGACCUGGAGUGAAAACAGCUCAGGGAGAAUAACAAAUUGGCUAGUUCUGAAAAACCUCACACCUCAGAUUGAUGGCUCUACUCUGCGUACUCUGUGCAUGCAGCAUGGGCCUUUGAUAACAUUCCACCUGAACCUGCCCCAUGGUACUGCUCUUGUCCGUUACAGUUCCAAGGAAGAGGUAGUGAAGGCACAAAAGUCUCUGCACAUGUGUGUUUUAGGGAACACUACUAUACUUGCUGAGUUUGCCAGUGAAGAGGAGAUAAGUCGUUUCUUUGCACAAGGCCAGUCUCUGACUCCUUCCCCCGGCUGGCAGUCCCUUGGCUCUGGGCACAGCCGACUAGGAUCCCUAGACAGUCCUCACAGCAUCUCGAACCGUGGAGAUAUCAAUCACUGGAACAGUCCGGGAGCUUCUGGCUCUAGCUCUGGAGACCUUCAUGGCACUUCUCUCUGGGGCACCCCGAAUUAUUCAACAAGCUUAUGGGGUAACCCGAGUAAUGAGGGCAGGGGCUUGAGCAGUCCAUCACCUGUCCCCGCUUUCCUUUCUGUUGACCAGUUAAACGGAGAGCCCAUGUAGCCUUUCUUCUAUGACCUCAACUGUCAAUUUGCUAAAGCAGCCAGUUGGCUGGACUGUUCACCCUUAUCAAAUCUGCAGGCUCUGCAGACAGCUCUUCUGCACACUUUCCUUGCAGCCCAAAACAUAUCAGUUUGAAAUACUUGAAAUCAUGCAGGCCAAUAUUAUAAUGUGAAAAAGGAGAAAAAUUCUCUCUAUAUAUCUAUAUAUCUAUAUCUAUAUAUCUAUAUCUAUAUAUCUAUAUAUAGAUAUAUAUAUUUACACUUCCACAUUAGCGCUAUUCAUAUGAUAACUGCGUACAGUGAGCUGUGUGUAUCCACUUGUAGGUUUUCAAUUCCAUUUCUUCCCCCACACACACACUUUAUAUUUUCCUGACAAAGUUUGAACUUAUUUUUUUCUUUCUUUUUUUUUGUUGCACUGGACGGUGCUCCGUACCUUUUUUUAUUUUGCGAUGAUUAGAAGCAACAGCUCAAGUGUAAACUGUUUACUCUUAACGUGUGUACUUAAAAAGCAGAAAGCAGAUAACUGAUAAUGCUCAUUAUUUCUAAGAUGCCUUGAUGUACCUACCUUAUUGUGGUAUUACAAAGUUCUAGCUGCUUCACAGCGUCGGUCGGUGGCGGCGUAUUGCGGAGCAACGCCUCACUGACGGCUCCUGCGCUGAAAGCGGUAACGAUAACUGACGGUUAAAAUUGUUUUUAAGAUAAGAAAAAGUAUUGCACCAGGUUUUCGUGACUAAACCUAAUAUAAUUUAGCUCUACAGUUUUAAUAAAAAAAUUAAAAUUAAAAAAAAAAUCUAAAAAAUGUAUAAAAUGUUAAAAAAAAAAAAAAAAAAAGUAGCCACAGCUGUGACGUACACCCUACAUGUGCCAGUAGGGGGCAGCACUUUCAAAAAAGGCUUUGCAUUUUCUUUUUUUUUUUUUUUUAAGAGAUCCCCAGUCUUAGGGUUCUCUUGUUUACAGAUUUUUCUUUAUAUAUAUUUUGUUUUUAUUUUAUUUUAGGUUUUUUUUUUUCAUUUUGAUGGGGAGGAAAAGGAGUUCUUAAUUUUGUUUUCAAAUAAAUGUUUACUCUUCCAUCGAUUUAAGGAGAAAAAGUACUUGUGGUAAGAAUGCGUUUUCUCUGGCAGUCAGUGUUUGCGCUUUUCCUUUCUCCCGUCCCCCCCUUUUCCCGUGCGAGUGUGUGAGAUUCCGGACUCUUUCAAUAAUCAAAUAAAAGGGGAAAAAUGGCUCUCAGGAACAAGAUGAAAAUAACACUUUCCUUCUCCCCACUGUAAAUACAUAUAAAUACAGUAUAUGAGAAUUAAAAAAAAAAAUGCAACGUUUUAGCACUAACCGUGCUAAUUUCUCAAAGACUUUCCUCUCUGCCAAAAACUUCCCCAUUAAAGCUUUCUAAAGCCAAGAUUAACCGUAAAAAAAUACAAAAAAAAAACUGCUAUGAUGCUGUGUCUUAGUGAGUAGCCUGGAGAUUUGCCGAUAACCAAUAUAGGCUCGGGUUUUCGUGUUCCUUUAAGUGGUCCUGUGUCUGCUUUGUGACAGUGUUUUAUCCAUGUUCUCGUUCGUUCGUACCUUUUUUUUGUUUUUUAAAAAAAAGCUGAUUAUUUAGUAACUAUGCACAUUUAUGCACAUUGUUAACCGAGUACUGGGCUGAUGAUGAUGAUGAUGAUGAUGAUGGAUUUUGUUUGUUCUUCUGGUGUGUUGUAUAAAAAAAAAAGUGUAUUUUUUAAAUGUCUAGAAGUCCACAAUUGCAAAAGACUUUACUCUCAAAAGGAACAAGUUACAUAUUUUUUUUUUUUUUUGCCAUAAAUGGUGUUAUGCUAGUUUGGCCGAUUUUUUUUAAUUCAGACGCUGGACAAGGGUAAAUGUAUGUAAAUCAAUCCCACUUUCCCCCGACCCCUGUAUAAAGCUUUUCACCACAGAUUAAGGUCAGGAAUAACCAGCACCGUAACACUCGCCAGUUCCACUACUGAUUCUACCGUCACCCCUGCACCCUCUCCCCCCCCACCCAUCGGCAAAAUACUGCAAAGCAGUGCCAUGAUAAUCUCCCGGUCAAGCUAGGCAUAUCACGUUUGACUUUAAAAAAAAAAAAGAAUCCCUGCCCC